AUGACGAGCGCAGCUCCUGCGGUAGACGUCCAGAUCACUGGCGCUGCAGCGCUCCCGGUCGCUACGGCAAAAGACACCAACACUCCCAGCGGCUCUAGUGCACGCAGCAGUGAGACCCUCAACGAGAAAGAUGUCAAGAUAGAGCCGGCCCACAAGUCAUGGAAGAAGCUCUACAGCAGACACAACACCCCUGUGGUGUCGGAGCGCUCGGCGUCGACCAAGCGCACCAAGACGUUCUGGAACUCGUUCAAGUUCCUAUGUAACAUGACCGACAAGGAUGUCGAAGACUUCAUGUCCUCCUACGUCAUCUACAACCUCGACUGGGCCGACGAGGAGAAGAUGGUGGCCGCGCUCGGCCCCGACUACAAGACCAAGGUCGGCGACUGUUUGCGCAGCUACUACGGCGUCCUGAACCAUCUCUGUGCCCUCGGCGACGUCGAGAAGAUGUACAUCCCGCCAUUAAUGGACAAGCACGUGUCCGUGCUCGACAACCAGCUACUGUAUGAGGAGUCCAUCGCCCGCGACAUUGGCAUCAAGCCGGGUGACCGCGUGCUCGACCUGGGCUGUGGCCGUGGCCGUGUGGCUGCUCACAUGGCCAAGUACUCGGGCGCCAAAAUUGUCGGCCUCAACAUCGACCCCAAUCAGCUGGCCCAGGCCCGUUCCUUCACCAAGGAGCAGGGGCUGCAGAACGAGUUUGUCGAGUGGGACCAGAACAACCUGCCGCUGCCGUUUGAGGACGCCAGCUUCGACGCCUUCUACGAGAUCCAGGCUUACAGCCUGUGCAAGGACCUGCCGGCCAUGUUCCGCGAGGUCUACCGCAUCAUGAAGCCGGGCGCCAAGUUCUCCAUGCUGGACUGGGUCAGCCUGCCCAAGUACGAUCCCACCAACCCGGAGCAUGCCGAGCUGAUGCGCCGCGUCAAGCCGCUCAUUGGUGCCGUCGGCACCCCGACACCUGCUGGGCUCGAGAAGGCCCUGACCGACGCCGGCUUCCAGGUGACGCGCUCCGACAACGCCAGCGUCGGCGGUCUGCAGGCGCCCCUCAUCGACAAGGUCGACCUGUACUUCCGCGCCAUGCGCCAGAUCAUCUUUGGCCUGAUCCGCCUGCACAUUCUUCCCAAGCACUUCCGCAUUCUGCUCAACCGCUUCAGCCUCGACGGCGAGGCUUUUGUGGAGAUGGACAAUAAGCGUCUCGUCACGACAAGCUACCGCAUCAUCGCCGUGAAGCCGGCGCAGUAG